AUGGUAUUCUGGCGGCUGCGCGCUUUGCUCAACUCGGUCCUCGCCUUACAUGCCGUGGCCGAAUGGCUGGACGGGUUCCUUGUACCACGAAGUUACCAGCGCGAAAGUCGAUGUCGGUGGUUGGCACUUCCGUGUGCACUUCACGCUGUCGCUGCCAGCGAUGCUCCUCCUGACACACCGGAAACAGUAUCCGGGGAGUCGUCCGACGAUGGCCGGCAGAGGCCAACGGCUUCGGGUGAUGCAGGCGUGCCUUUAUCAGCGUCGAGUGAUGCAGGAGUGCCUUCAACGGGGUCAGCGGAUGCAGGAGUACCUUCAACGGCGUCGGGUGGUGCAGACGUGCCUUUUCCAGCGUCGGGGGGUUCCGCGGUCGGCUCGGAUUUGAGUCUCUGUGAGAAGCUGGAGUUGACACGUUACAGGAAGAGCAGAAUCAAACGUGCGCUGGCAGCCGCCAAAUGCCGGUGGAGUAGUGCGGAUUCGUAUGUGAGAUACCGAACGGCACAGCGUCGAUGUCGGGCUUCGCGGGCUGGUGCACCAGUGGAACCUCCACCGCCUGAAGAAGAACAGGAGUAUAGAGAACAGUACAGUCAGUCAGUAGGUGCGAAACAAUUGUGGAUAGAGAGACUCAGAGCCACACUGACCUCCGUCGAGCAGGAGGAGCGCGAACUGCUUGCAGCCAUCAACAGACAAACAGCCGAUGCAACAGCCGGCGACACGACAGAAGGUGAACCAGGUCCUUCGACGUCGAUGGCUCGAUCGCAGGAGCCGGCAGCCCAGAUACUGCCAGAGGUCCCUGGCGUAUCGAUGGAAGUCGCAGCGUCGGAUUCGUCAUCCGACGAUGGAUCGAUUGCUAGCUCCCCUUCAGGGAAGGCGAGUUCGGCAGAGGUAGCCGCGACGCACAGCACAACUGCUGCCUCGUCCGGCCAUGCUUCUCUCGUUCAAGCACUCGAGAACAAACUGAGUCUGAUUCGAGGAAGGAAAUCAGGAUUGAUGGCACGCCUCCGCGGACUUAGGAAAGAGUGGAGCAGUGAAGACGCCUAUGUGCGCUGCAGGAAGACGACCAAAUUGAAGCUCCGUUCUUUCAGAGGCUCCACAUCUCUUCAAGAUACUGAGGUCACACCGGAAGAGCGCGUCCGCUAUUCCAGACUGUACAGAGAAGGAGUUGCCGACCACAUAAGGCGUGCCGAAGAGAUGCGAAGGCAGAUUCAAAGCCUAACGGAAGAGGAGCAGCAAAUUGUAUCGCAACUCCGUCGUGCCUCUUCCGACGGGGCGGAGCGGGGAGCGACCGAGGGCCAAGGCAGCAGUGUAGGAGGAGCAGUCAUUCCUGAUGUAGCAUCCGGUCUCGCGAUGACCCCAGAUGGGAGG